CAUAGAUAUAAAUCUUCAGGCUGCAAAUUGAGAAUGCAACAACCAAGCUCUGAUUAUUCUCCAGACCUGCUCAAAGAAGCCUGUGCCAGUGUGGAACCUCUAGACAGGGAAGCUGAUCUCCAUCAGGAAAAUGCUGCUUGGUCUGAGAGCAGCCCACAAGAUGUCUUCAGUUCCUCUGAAAUGCAGACAGUGGCAGUUUGUAUGGACACCACCUUGCCUCCUGGGGCCUACAUUCUCCAGCAAGGUUACACAGAGUCUUCACUUCUGAGGCUUCCUACGGAGGAGUGCAUUGGGAUCCACCAUGCGCCUUUCCAGUUCGACCGCCAUGCUCGGGCCAGAAUUUCCACUUCUCCAACUUUAAGGCGCCUAAGGAUGGCCUCUGCCUCACAAGCACUGUCAUUUCGGGACUGUUCUGACACAGCUCAGCUGGGAAAUCAAAAGGAAUACACUGGCUCUCUCCAACACAUUUGUAAGAGUCCACCUCGGUGCAUUACAAUUUCUUCACUGUCGCUGCCUUCUUGUGUCCAUGCAAAAUUAUUGUCAUCCAAAGCCAAGUCUGAGAGAACUGCAGCAGUUCCAGAGUCUGACCUACCCAGUUCAAAGCUUCCAAGCAGAGAGGAUCCCCUCAGCAAUGACAGUCCCAAUGAGCCACCCAGAAACUCUUGGAGAGCCAACUCUGCUACGCUUCCUACGAGACUCCCCCGCCCCAUCCCUACACUUUGGGGAGGUGUCCAGGUAAGCGGAAUAGGAGGAUGCAGCCUCUUUUUUAGUCUUUCAUAUUCAGUGUUGGUCCAUCAUGAACCAGAGAGUGGACUGCCCAGGCAAAGAUCAGCCGAGCGCCGGCGCAGCUCCCUGGUAGUGAGCCUGCCGGGCCUCGAGGUGUUCCCUGGAGACCUGCUGGUGUCAGACAGUGCCAUGGACUACCUGCCCCACUCAUCCUUCCUGCUCACCGCAGAGUCCAAAAAGUCAAGGUGGCCAUUUGCCAAAAGAGGAGUCGGUAAAGACAAACAGAAGCAAGCAUCUGAUCUGGAAAGUUGUCUUUCUACUCUUAAGAUCACAGACCACUGCACAGAUGAAUUUUUCUGCUUUAAGAGUAAAUCUUGGCAUGAAUUUAUAAAUGAGCAACAGACUGAGCAGAAAGAUGUCAACAGCCAGUUAGAAGUGAAAAAAGAAGCAGCAGUGUGGGAACUUUUCACAAGUGAAUGCACUUACUUUCUGGACCAUUUGCUGGUUCUCAAGAUGAUAUUUAUGAACACUCUCAAAUACCUCCAGAGCAAUGAAUUUCUCUUGGAUGUGGAUUUGUGGAGACUUUUUGCAAACUUAGAGGAGUUAAACAAGAUAAGUCUCAGUUUUCUGAAAAUGUUUUUUGAAACUGUGAAGAAGCACGUCAGCAAGUCAGCCUCUCCUAUGGAUUUCAGCUCUGUGCUCAGAACGUUUUUCCAGGGUGACCUCUGCCAGACACACCAGAUUUAUUGCCUUAAUUAUACCUCUGCCAUCUUCUACUUGGAAAAACUGAGACAGAGAGAAGAUUUUGGCAUCUACCUGAAGUGGUGUGAACAAAAUGAACAGUGCAAGAGGUUGCAUCUGCCAGAGCUCCUGGUCGCUCCUCUGCAUCGACUGACGCGAUAUCCCCUCCUGCUCAACAACAUCUGGAAGAGGAGCACUGAUGAAACAGAGAAAAGUUUUAUCCAGUCACUUAAAGAGAAGGUGGAAAAGUCUAUAAGGGAUCUGGAAGGUAAAGUCAAGUGGUUGGACAACUUUCAGAAGUUCAGGCAGCUGCAAGAGGUCAUAAUUUGGCCUCAGGUCUGGGAUCGUGACAAAAGGUUCUUUGUCCCAGAGUGUUUGAAGCAAAACUUAAGAGAAAACAGCAGUGAAAACAUUUUGUCUUCAGCGAACAGACUUCUCCUUCAUGAAGGGAAGCUGAUGCUAGCAGACAGCACAAGACUCCUUGAUGUCUACCUGUUUUUAUUUGAUGAUUUCCUACUAAUUACCAAAAUUAAACGUAACAAAAAGAAAUAUGGAGGCUCAGACACCAGCUUAAUCCCCGUUUGUCCUUCCCUCACUCCUGAGCUGCAGUCCUUCAUAAGAGAGGGGGGAUUUUGCACAGUCCUAGACCAGCCCAUCCCACUAGACAGACUCAUACUGAAAAAUGUUGAACCCGUCCAAGUUACAGUCUUCAGCCUGCGAAAUGCUUUUCUAAUUCAGCAUGAGAACAGGUAUCGGCAGUGCAUAGCACUCUUCUUGCUACAAGCUCAGACAGAGACUGCCAAGAAAGCAUGGAUGUCACAGAUAGAAACAGCAAUCUCCAAUUACACCACACAACAUGAAACCAAGAAAAGCACUGCCUUCUGCUUUCCUGUUGAAUCCUCUAAAAUUUAAUAAUGUCAGCACUGCACUGACAGAGCCAGUGGAAGACUAUUGUGGUGAUAAUAUAGUUAUUUUAUAAUAUAAAUAUAAUACCUUAGGUCUCUGAAGUUAACAGAUUUCUGACUUGACAAAAGAAUUGGCGCAUAGACCACACCACGUAGGAAUAAAUUGGAGGUGGGGAAUAAGCUGUGCAACAAAUGUAUCACUCCUAGAUGCUCCUUUGCUUCACCUAGGGAAGGUUCUUGCCACCCAGGGAAGCUUUAAUAGAGCUUGUCAUUUCCUAGAAAGCAUGACAGGAGAAAAACCCCUAUGUUGGUAAGGACAACUCAUUCACCAGAGAAGUUUAGAAGGGUUAUUGCAUCAUUCAAACUGUUUUAAUAAAUUUCAUUAAAUUAAAA